AAUCCAUAACCACUCUCUACUCCUCCCCGUCAUCGCCGCCGGCCGCCGAACGAAGCAACACAUCGAGAAGACGCCGGUGUUCUUCCGGCGGGAGCCUCGCCGUCACCGGCAUCCUCAUCACCAAGGACGACCUCAAGAGCUCCAAUUAGUUGGUCCAGGUGAGGAGCACAAACCCUGGCCAUGAAAGCGAGAGAGAUAAAGCGGAGAUUCGAGGACAGAUCGAGGAGGAAUUUUUGGGCUGGGUUGGGUCCCCUGCUCCCGGGUGCUCGUUGGGUCCCCUGAGGCCUGAGCCUCCCACAUGGGGUUCACCAUCAAGGCAUCAAUCAUUCACCUUCGACUACAAUCCUACACCUACCGGGCCGAGAGCCAAAGCAAUCGACAUCAUCCAUCGAGGGAUCCCGCUCCAGUCAGUCUCCGCUGCCGCUGCCGCUGCGGCGGCUCUGCUGCAUCCAGUUAGCUUGUGGCUGCGGCGCCGUGGCGGAACCUUUGCGUGGUGAUUCGUCUGGACAGUGCGGCGACGUGGACGGCAAGCAAACACGCCGGGACCAGAGGAGGGACCGAUGGAGGCUGCAGUGAGCGCUUCACUUGGCGCGUUUGGUCCCCUGUUGGGGAAGCUCACAAAUCUGCUCGCCAAUGAGUGCGGCCGCCUGAAAGGAGUCCGCCGCGAGAUCCGGUCCCUCCGGUCUGAGCUUACCAGCAUGCAUGGUGCGCUAAAAAAGUACACGAAGCUGGAGGAUCCUGAUGACCAGGUGAAGGAAUGGAUGUCGCUGGUCAGGGAGCUGGCCUAUGACACCGAGGAUUGCUUCGAUAAGUUCGUUCAACAACUCGGCGAUGGUGGCCAUGAUGGCGGCUUCAAGGAGCUCUUCCGCAAGGCGGCUCGCCGUCUAAAGACGCUUGGGGCUCGGCGUGGAAUCGCCGACCAAAUCGAUGACCUGAAGGCUCGUAUCAAGGAAGUGAAAGAUCUCAAGACUAGUUACAAGCUGGAUGAUAUUGCUUCUAGCAUCUCCAGCCAUGCAGUUGUGGAUCCCCGCCUGUCUGCUCUUUUUGCUGAGGAGGCACACCUUGUGGGUAUUGAUGGUCCAAGAGAUGAUCUUGCCAAGUGGAUGGUGGAAGAUGAAAACAAAGACCAUCGCAAGGUCUUGUCUAUUGUUGGUUUUGGUGGAUUGGGAAAGACAACACUGGCGAAUGAAGUCUAUCGCAAAAUUAAAGGGCAUUUUCAUUGUCAUGCUUUUGUUUCUGUCUCGCAAAAACCAGAUACAAAGAAAAUUGUCAAGGAUGCGAUCUACCAACUGAUCUCCCAAGUGAUACCCAAGGGGCCUUGCCAGGAUGAGUUAAAAAAAGAUAUGCAAGCUUGGGACGAAAAGAAAUCAUUUGCAAUGCUAAGAGAAUUACUACAUGAUAAGAGGUACAUUAUCAUUAUUGAUGACGUAUGGUCCAUAUUAGCGUGGAACGCUAUCAAGUGUGCUUUCCCAGAGAACAACUGUUCUAGCAGAAUUAUAGCUACUACGCGCAUAUUUGAAGUAGCAAGAUUUUGUUGUCCAGAUGUUGAUGACAAGAUCUAUGAAAUGACACCUCUAAGUAAUCUUCACUCUGAAAGACUAUUUUUUAAAAGAAUUUUUGGCUCAGAGGACUGCUGCCCUGAUAUGCUGAAAGAAGUUUCAGCUGAAAUCUUGAAAAAGUGUGGAGGCCUACCAUUGGCAAUUAUCAGUAUAUCUUGUUUAUUGGCAAACAAACCACAUGUGAAAGAGGAGUGGGAGAAGGUGAAAAGAUCAAUUGGUUCUGACUUGUACAAAAGCAAAAGUUUAGAGGGCAUGAAAAACAUACUAUCUCUUAGCUACAAUGAUCUUCCUGCAAAUCUCAAGACUUGCUUGCUAUAUUUGAGUACAUUCCCAGAGGAUUAUUUGAUCGAGAGAGAAAGGUUAGUGAGGCGAUGGAUAGCAGAAGGAUUUAUUUCGGAAGAGCGUGGUAAGAGCCGUCAAGAGGUUGCAGAGGGUUAUUUCUAUGAGCUCAUCAACAAAAGCAUGGUUCAACCUGUGGGCAUUAGUUUUGAUGGUACGGUUCGUGCUUGUCGAGUUCAUGACAUGCUGCUUGAACUUAUUAUUUCAAAAUCCGUUGAAGAGAAUUUCAUCACGGUGGUAAAUGGCAGGCAAACUGUUUGUGAAAAUUCUCAAUGUUUAAUUCGACGACUAUCGAUCCAGGACAUUGACCAGGAGCUUGCAUCUGAAUUGGCAAAGAAAGAUUUAAGCCAUGUUCGAUCUCUAACAGUAUCACCACCUGGUUGCAUCAAACACUUGCCCGGUCUUGUUAAAUUUCAAACUUUACGUGUACUCGAUCUUGAAGGGGAUGGGGAGCUAGAGGAGUAUGAUAUGAGUAGUAUGGGCAACCUGUUCCACCUAAAGUACCUGAGAUUUGAUGACCCAUACUUAUCAGAGCUACCAUUAGGAGUUGUGAUGCUACAUAAUCUAGAGACAUUAGAUCUCUGGGGUGCAUGCAUUAAUGAGUUGCCAGCUGGCAUUGUUCAACUGAUUAAACUACAACAUCUCACUGGAAGCUAUUAUGGAGAAACAAAGCUACCAGUUGGAAUCGGGAAUAUGACAAACUUGCGUGAGGUCUCUGGCUUUAAUAUCACCAUGAGCUCUGUUGUUGCAGUAGAGGAGCUAGGGAACUUGAUCAAUUUGAAUGUACUCGAUGUACAAUACAUAUCAGACGACGCAGAAACUCACAACUACAAGAGACAUGGAGAGAUGUUACUCUCCUCACUAUGCAAGCUUGGCGGCUACAAACUUCAGUCUGUUUUUAUAAGAGGUGGUAAUUCAACUCCAUUCGAGCUCUUAGAUUCUUGGUCUCCUUUGCCAUCUUCCCUCCAAAGUUUUGUGAUGCGUGCUAACUACUCUUUCUCCAAACUUCCAACGUGGAUUGCACCAGCACACACCGGUCUUACAUACCUAAACAUUAAUUUAAGUGAAGUAACAGAGGAGGAUCUUCGCAUACUUGGAGAGCUGCCUGCGUUGCUAUCUCUGAUACUUUGUACCAACAAGGUCCAAAAAGACAGGAUUCCCGUGCGAAGCAGAGGAUUUCAAUGUUUGAAGGAGUUUGUUUUUGAACCUUUUAGUGGAGGUGCGGCAACCUUUCUGUUUGAGGAAGGGGCACUGCCAAAGCUCGAGAAGCUUGAGUUGACGUUUUUUGUAUCAAUGGCAAAACCCUUUGGGUUCUACUUUGGUAUUGAGCACCUCUUAUGCCUGAAAGAUUUUGAGGUUGACCUUUACAUUGAGGGUGCUACAUCUGCGGAAUGCAUGGCUGCAGCAGCCGCCAUAAGGAAGGAAGUAAAUCUCAAUCCCAACCAUCCCAGGUUAACUCUCACUGGAGAAAUCAAAGAGGAUGACACUGAUAAUGAAUUGAAUCAGGAACAGAGCGACGCUGAUGAAGAAAGUUGAAUACUACGAGGAGAUUCAUUUGCGAUGCACGCAGGAGGGAAACCAUCAUCCUUAAAUACAAGCGGGAUGCUGAAGCCUGAAGCUACUGUUCUUGUUGCCUGAAGCUGAAAUAAAAGUGACCCACAGGAGUGGUCUUAGUUGAUGCUAUUCUUGUGUGGACUUGGCAAUUGGCAUCAGAUUGUUUGAUAUAUUUAGAGUAAAUUUCACAAAACCACACUUAUUGGGACUAGGGUUUCAACAGGACACAGUUAUGACUAAUAGUCUCACAAAACCACAUUUUUUUAGGCAGAUCUUCUCACAGAACCCAAAUCAGGUAAUUAAGAGCGUUUGAUGGUGUUUCUGACAAGUGGGACCCACAUGUCGGAUGCCAGGAUCGAGUCGGGAUUUCCCGGGUAGACAGAGGAGCUUAACAGGGUGUCGGGCAAAAGCUGACGUGGACAAAAAAAGUUUGACACAUCCGACCUGGCAUCCGACAUGUGGGUCUCACUUGACAGAAACACCAUCAAAUGCUUUUAAUUACCUGAUUUGGGUUCUGUGAGAAGAUCUGUCCGAAAAAGUGUGGUUUUGUGAGACCAUUAGUCAUAACUGCGGCCCGUUGAAAUCCUAACCCCAAGAAGUGUGGUUUUAUGAAAUUUACUCAUAUAUUUACUAUACUGCUCUCGUUAUGAAUUACGUUAUGAAGCUCGCCCUCUGUCUGGAGUUUCUUACUUGCUUAUUGCUUAUUGCUUGAAUCCUUUAAAUAAGCAGACCCAUAUGCUCUCCACUCACGAGUAAAGUUUGACUAAUCUUAUCUUACCUAAUAAUAAAAGCAGUAGUGUUUCUGUA